AUGGACCCGGGCAGCGCGCCUCUCCCGCCGCCGCCGCGCGCUGCCGCGUCCCCUUCGAAGGCCGCGCCUCUGCCCUCUGCCUUCCUCCGGCCGCCCGGCCUCCUCGUGCGCGGCUGCUGUCCGCCGUCGGGGCUGGAGGCGCGCGCCGCCUGCUCCCCGCGGACGCCCAAGUGCGCGCGCUGCCGCAACCACGGCGUGGUGUCGGCGCUGAAGGGCCACAAGCGCGCGUGCCGCUGGCGGGCGUGCGGGUGCGCCAAGUGCGCGCUCAUCGCGGAGCGGCAGCGCGUCAUGGCCGCGCAGGUGGCCCUGCGCAGGCAGCAGGCGCACGAGGAGGAGAGCGGGGCCCCGGGGCCGCCCCCCGCCGCCAAGAGCUGCUGCUGCUGCCCGGAGGAGGGCCCGCGCGGGAGAAGAGAGGACAAGUUUCAGAAUUAUGAUUUCUUCUGCAGCAAGCCAGGCAGUUCUGUAGCUUAUUCACAUUCACUUUCCCUGAUGUCUUUGGCUGAAGUUACCGGAGCUAGUGGAGGCCAAAGAGAGAAACCCUCUGGCAUGCAGAUUUCAGGUAAAGAGAAAACUGAUCAUCCUUUUGGUCCCGAGGAGCUGUUAGAAGGUGCUGAUAGUUCAGCAUCUCUGUCUUCUUCAGACAUGGAAUCUGGAAAUGAAAGUGAAUGUCCCAAGGACUUUGUAAUCUCUAGUAUCCGCUUUCCUGCUUCUCCUACUACUACUGUGGCUUCAAGACACAGAAACCCACUUGAUAUUCUUACCAAGGUCUUUCCAGGGCAUAAACAAAGCAGAUUAGAAAGGAUUCUGCAAUUCUGCAAAGGGGAUAUAGUGCAAGCUAUAGAACAUGUACUGAAUGUGGAUGAGCACAGACAAGAACUCCAAGAUAUUGCAAUCCCACCCUUACCAGAAUGCAGUGUCUUCCAGCGGCCUUCUGAUUUUAGUCUCAUAGGAGUAGAUGUCAGAGCACUUGGAAAUAAAUCAGCAUUUUCUCCUCUUCAAAAUAGUCCAGCUGCCUUUGCAAGAGAGGUGAAUCUUUAUGGGUUAAAUCCUACACUGGGGAUCAGACCUCUGAGGGUGGCUUAUUCCCCUCCAGGAAGGGCAUUGCCUGGAUUUAUGUCGCCCUACUUAAGAUCCGGGCUGUUUCCCACUUUGCCGUUUCACACAGCUAUGGACUACCCUUUUUCAGGAGUGAUCAAAGAUGCGUCUUAUUUCUCCAGUAAAGACUCAGUGGCCAGAACCGAAAUGUAUUCGAGACUAAGUGAAGAACACAAAUAG